AGUUGAGUGACGCAUUAUUGGAAAUGUUCCGAAAUGAGUAUAUCAAUUCUGUACUCCUUCCUUGUGUCACCAUAGAAUCUGUCCUGGAGAUCAAUUCCUGGGAUGGCUUAUAUCAAUACUUGACCAAUGAGGAAGUUGUUUCCCAUGUUGUAACUUUUCUGGAGAGAUUUCCUGAUGGAGAUCCUGCGCAACACCUCAUUGAGGAGCUUUUAUUCCGUGCAGCCAAGAAAGCUGGACUGGAAUUACAUGAGUUGCUUGACAUCCCAACAGGAGACAGAAGGAAGUACCAUGAUGAUGUCACUGUUAUGGUAAUCUCACUUGAAGGAUGAAUUUGGAAAUCAUCAGGAAAAUACAUUUGAUUCAUUCAUUCAACCACAAAAAAAUCUCUGCAGCUUGUCAAAUUUAAGUGUCAUGCCCUCUGCAGUCUGGACAAAUUCUAAUGAUCUAAUAUCUAGGUUCAUGUUUCAACAUCGAUGAUUUUAAGAUUCCUACACGUCGAGCAAGAGAUCUUUUAAGGAAAGGAAGCCUGCUGAUUGUAU